CGCGCCCGCCGGCACACCAGCCCCGCCACCGCCGCCGUGCGCUCCUGCGCCUGGAGCGGGUCGCCCCGCCCACCCCCGGCCCGGCCUCCGCGGCCCGCGCUCUUCCUCCCGAUCCCGGGCUUGUUGCAGAGUCCCUUCGCCCAUCGCCGAGCUGGUUUCUAGCUCUGGCAGACUGGGCCGAGGGACGCCGGCGGGGCAGCCAUGGAGGCAGCGGCGCGGAGGCGGCAGCACCCGGGAGCGCCGGGCGGUCCGGGCUCGCAACUCGGCACCUCCUUCCUGCAAGCCAGGCACAGCUCCAUCAAGGCUGAGGAGGCUGAGCACACGGCUCCCUUCCACCUCGACCUCUGGUUCUACUUUACUCUGCAGAACUGGAUUCUUGACUUUGGCCGCCCCAUUGCCAUGCUGGUGUUCCCUCUCCAGUGGUUUCCUCUCAACAAGCCCAGCGUGGGGGACUACUUCCACAUGGCCUAUAAUGUCAUCACGCCCUUCCUCUUGCUCAAGCUCAUCGAGCGGUCUCCUCGCACCCUGCCCCGCUCCAUGGUCUACAUAAGCAUCAUCACCUUCAUCAUGGGCGCCAGCAUCCACCUGGUGGGCGACUCUGUCAAUCACCGCCUGCUCUUCAGUGGCUACCAGCACCACCUGUCCGUCCGGGAGAACCCCAUCAUCAAGAAUCUCAAGCCUGAGACGCUGAUUGACUCCUUUGAGCUGCUCUACUACUACGACGAAUACCUGGGCCACUCCAUGUGGUACAUCCCCUUCUUCCUCAUCCUCUUCAUGUACUUCAGCGGCUGUUUCACUGCCUCCAAAGCUGGGAACUCCAUGCCAGCGCCUGCUCUGCUCCUGGUGGCACCCAGUGGCCUAUACUACUGGUACCUGGUCACCGAAGGCCAGAUCUUCAUCCUCUUCGUCUUCACCUUCUUUGCCAUGCUGGCCCUCGUCCUGCACCAGAAGCGCAGGCGCCUCUUCCUGGACAGCAACGGCCUCUUCCUCUUCUGCUCCUUCACCCUCACCCUCUCGCUGGUGGCACUCUGGGUCGCUUGGCUGUGGAAUGACCCCGUACUCAGGAAGAAGUACCCAGGUGUCAUCUAUGUCCCUGAGCCCUGGGCCUUCUACACCCUCCACGUCAGCAGUCAGCACUGAAUUGGGCAUCAGCCACGGCUGUGCUGCCGGGCCAGAUGGGCCGUGGAGGGCAAUGUGGCCCCGACGUGCCCUCUUGCCACUGCCUACCCUCAGGCCUGUGCUGAUCCUGGACACUAGGUUACGCAGACUCUGUGCUGUCGAUCAAAGCGCCUCUCCCGAGGGGCCUCAUUUGCACUAGACAGACCCAUGGUCGGGAAGUGGCUCAGGGCUCUGGGCUUGCUGACCCCUUGGGGCAGCCUUAUCAUGGAUGGGUGGUUUUGUCCUGUCACCACCCUCUCCAGCCUGGAAGUGGUGUGUGUACCCCAAAUCCUCAUCUGACCCCAGUCCCCCAUAGUGUUGAACCACCCUCACCCCAGGGAGCCAGAGGCCUGGCCUGAGCCUUGGGCCUGGCCAUGCUGCCCACCUGCAGCUCUGGCCUCCCGUCCCACGUGGCCCACAUGGUGCAGCUGGCUGUGGCUUCUUGAGCUGCCAUGGGAGGAAUUCUGAAACCCUGGCUCUGGUCCCUGAGUCACCCUGUAGGGGCACCUCAAAGCUUUCCACGUUCAGCCCUGUCAGCCUGAAUCUCUGCCCACUGCCAGUGGCCCUGCUCCCAGCAGGAUGGGCCCCUGCCUCAGCCUGCCUUCCCCCAGGGGCCCAGGGGCCCUCAGCACAGACUAGCCUCAUUCCAGUUGCACAGGCCCUGUGUGCUGUGGGUCUCCCGGGCCUGCCCUGCCUCUCCCCAGGCCUGAGAUUCUCUUCUCACAUUGCAGGCCUGCAUCCCACCCCUAAGGGUCCCCCAAACCCUGGGCCAGUCCCUACCUGCUGGCAGCCCUGGGUGGGAAGAGGACGAACAGAGGCUGGUGGGGCAUCCAGCCUGACUGGAGGCUAUAUCUGAUUUGGGGUGUGCAACGGGGAGGUAGGAGGGGGCCUAGAGUGGGGGAGAGGUUGGUUGGCCUGGGUCCCGGGCUACAACCCAAGGUUCCCUCUAGUAGCAGUCCUGGGCCACUCAGCCUGGUCUGGCCACUGCCCACUGGUUCUGUACACCUCUUACUGGGCUUCUGUGCAGGGGUGGGGGGAGCAGAAGAGCCUCUUCAUCCUGGUCAGUCCAGCUCUUUUCAGAGGAAUGGGGACAGGGCAUUUCUUGACCUGCCCUUUAAGGAUGUCCCAUUGGGCCUCCCUGCUGUGCUGCCUUUUGGGAGGUGAGGGGAGGCUGAUUUGCUGGAGGUGUCACUUAGCCUUGGGUAAGUCAUUUGACCUCUAGGGGCCUCAGCCCUUAAUAUUCCAAGGUCUCAGCCUCCCCCACAGCCACCAUGAGCUGAUGUUAUCAGACAACACCGGACAGGAGACAGCCACAUCCCUGUGUCCUGUGUCCCCACCUGUUCCGCAUACUCCUUUGCUUGCUUCCUUACCUCUAGGACACUGGGCUUGGUGGACCUCUCAUGGGCAGGGUGGGCCUUGUGGUGGGGGGCUGUGUAAUCUUAUUCAAAUUGGAGAACCACUGAUAAGAAAACAGGAAAAAAAUAAAAAGCCAUAAAAGUGGCUGUUUAGAAAGGGAAGAAAUAAAUUACUGGAGCCUUGAAGAUUCCUGUCCCUCUUGAGAUCUCUUUGGCAGUUUGCAUGUUUCCCUGGAAAAAUGUCUUGAUUCGUCGCCUAGAAAGUCACAGGCCAGUGGUUCUCAGUACAUUAGGACGACAGAAGAGAAUGCAGAGUUUUGCCCACACC